ACACAUUCCUCAGUUUUCAUACAUUUCAAAUCUCCAUUGUUCAGGACUGCACACUUGAGAAGAUGCUUGUUUAAAGUGUGUGUCCCACACUGGUCCGGUGACAGCCAUCUGCUGGGGUCCAGGCCCCUUCUCAGAGAGAGCAGAAAAGCCCUUCCCCCAGCUGUUCUCUGAAAGCUCUUCCCAUUGAUAUUUCACAUUUCAGUUAUCAGAGUGCCUCUGAUCGUCAUCAUGAAUUAUACAGGCUGAAGUGACGUCACCGUGAACUCGACUCCUGCGGACACAAACGGGUUUCACAAGGCGAGCCAAAGCAGAGAUCUCAAGCGUGUUUGAGGCGGUUUUCGCACGCAGUUAACAGCAGAUAUGCUCCGAGAACUGCGUCGCUUCACGAGCAGCAGGACUGAGGAUGAGAAAACUAAACAUCAGCUCACUUUUGUUUGCGUCUCUAAGCGAGGAGCGACACAGUAACGGACAGAGCCGAGCGCUGUAUGACGUAAGCAACAAACGAUACACUGUAACAUUACAAACAGCUUUUGAUCUUCAAAUACGCGCCGAUGAAUGUGGAUGAAGAUCUGGCUGCAGUAAAAUGUCCUGCAGCAGCACGGACCUCUCAUGCGUCCCGGGUCAGGAGCCUCUGCUGACGGUGCACCUGCUGACCGACCCUGGCGCAUCUCUGCUCCUCCAGCACACGCUGGACCGCCUUCUCAAGAGGGUCCGCCCCGGCCUGCGCCUCUUCCACGUGUCCGAGCGGGCCUGUCCUGUACACGCCCAGCGGCCCGCGGCCGGACACCCCUCACACGCCGUCACCAUAUUCCUACACGAGUGCUACGGAGAGGAGCGUAUUCUCAGAGUGCUGGACUUCCUGCAGCGUCCGCCGUGGCAGUAUCACCAUACGGAGAGCUGCAGUGCUGGAGAGCCCAGUGGUCACCCUAGUGUCCUGUCCAGCUCCCUACUGAGGCCUUAUCUCCUGCCCAGCCGGGACUUCUACAGCCUGGGUGUGGGGAUGCCGGUGUGGGGCGUCCGGCCAGUGCACUACGGAGGGGAGGUGGUGCGGGUGACUUUACACAGCUCCUAUGAUAACUUCGAGGACACGGUGCGUUUAUAUGAGACGGUGCUGCAGAGGAGGGUGGAGGAGCAGAAGACGGGCUUCUGCUGGUUCACGCUGCUCACAGAAGCAGGGUUCAGUCUGCAGCUGGCCAUCAAGCAGCUCGCGCCUGGGGUGCGGCCGGAGCCCUGUUACUCCACCGUGCUGCAGUUCAGGGUGGGAGAGAUCGGACAGCUCGUGCCCUUACUGCCCAACACCUGCUCGCCCAUCAGCGCCAGCCGAUGGCACACCGAAGACCUGGACGGCAACAAGAUCCUCUUCCAGGUUAAAGCUCCAGCACAAGCCCAAGGUCUUCUGAGGUCUGCGUUUCCUCUGAGCUGUCCCAGGAUGCUGCUGAGGAGCUGUGGAGCUGCCAGACCCCCUUCCACCGCUCCCUGCAGGAGGACGUCCCAUCUGAAGGAGCAGGCCGAGGACCGCUGUCCCCGCGGCAGAGAGAGCGCCGGCUCAGACAGCACCCGCAGCUCUCCUCCGGGCUCCUCCUGUUACUCGUCCCUGCGCAGCAGCCCCGCAGGCCUGUCAGUUAACUGGUACGAGCCAGCAAUAACCUCCGAAAGCUCCCUAUCACGCCUCCGGCUGGAAGAGGAGGAGCCGGAGACGGAUGUGGACACGGGCUGUGCUGUAGGAGCGUCUGCUCUGCUGAGACACAGCCUGGAUGAGCCUGACGAGAGCGUGAACAGUGUCCUAGCAGAGACACAAGACGAGUUCUUCAUCUGACUCUUCAUUCGG